GCUGUUUUUAUUUCUCCUCCUGAAACAAAAUCGAACAACAUCUACAAUCUCUUCAGCAAAAUUUUUUCAGUCUUCCUCCCCUACUUUCAAAUCGAUUCCCAGAAGAUUUCAUCUUGCUUAUCGGGUUGGAUUUGGUAUUCUAGCUCAAUGUAUGGCAGUUGAAGCCGGGUGUUGAGACCUUAAGCUCCUUAAAUGGGAUCCAACGCUGGCCAGAGGAAGAGAUCCCAUGUCGAUGCAUCAGUGAAGUCCAACCAGGCGUCUUGCUCAGGACCUCGCAAAAGUCCAAGACUUACUGAACAUGCUCAACGUUGUCAACUGAUCCAACCAGAAAAUGGAAAAGUUGCAGCAAAGGAGAAAGUGAACUUCUGUUUGGGUCUCCGUAGAAGCCCAAGGCUUAUUCAACAGGCUAAACAUCAAGAGUUGGAAAGUUCGGAAGAUAAGAGAAAAAGACAGGAAAAUGAGCGUAGUGUUUACCAAAGAAUACGACAUUCUUUCGUAUCAGAGGACGAUAGGGCAUUAAUGUUGGAACAACGCCGUAUCCGUUAUAAAGAGAAAAAAAGUGCAUUAAGCGAAGAGGAAACAGAAAGAAAUCUUGAACGGCGUCGUAAUUCUUACCGUAAGCGGCGGCAGCAAUCACUUGGAGAGGCUUCGACAUCUACUUCCAAAUUGACAGAGGAAUUGAGGGGAACAAGCCCACCAGGUUCAGCCACCUUCGCCGAAGCCCCAGGUUUCUCAACCAACAUAGAAUGGAUGAACCCCGACCAAGUACUAACAGAGGUACCCUUGAAAAAAUAUGCAACCAACACCGUACCCGGUCAUCACAACAUCAACAUGAAAAUAAAGAAGGGCAUGCAGGGGGGACAAUUUGUGACAGUGAAAGAGAUAAGAACCGUCCACUUGAAAUGGAUAAAUUGCUGGAGCAUCACGUUAAUGACAGGGAGAGAAGAGUAAGAAAUGACCAGGAAGCAGGACCAAGUAAGGAAGUUCCACGCCAAAGUCCCCAAUAUGUCGAGCAAGUUCAGCUUCGAGAUGUGGAGGUCUUAGAGGAAUCCCGAAAGAAAAAGGGAAAAUCAGUUGUGACGUACCAGAGACGACGUCGAGCAAACGUCAGUUACAUUCCUGACAUAAACACGGUGGGGGCCGUUGUUAUUGGUUCCGCUAGAGAGACCAACAACCACGAUUCAACAGAUGACAGCAGCUCUGAUGAUGGGCAAGGUAAUGCAAAAGCUGCUUCCAAAAAUGCUGUGAGAGAACCAAGACCAAGUACUACCGGUGCCUCGACAUCGACAGCUUUCACUUCCCAAGAAGACAUUUUUCGUCGGGCCAUCCGAUUACCACUGCGUAGAAGUCCAAGAUUUAGUCAACACCCUCAACAUGGAGAACCAGCACUUGCACAGAAUUUAAUCGCAACAAAUGAAAAUCUUGCAUCCAAUUUACACGUUCGUAGAAGCCCUUGACUCAUGGAGCAGUCUCAAUCUCAGGAAUCUCAGCAUGCGCAAAAUACAAUACCAAAUCCACAAGGAAUUCGAGCCGGAAGAGGGAGAGGUCGUCCACGUCCAAGUGUUGUAGGAAGAUCCUCAUUCUUGAAUUGUGCGAGAGGGAAUACUUACCAAGUUGGAUUCAAGAAGUUCCAUUUGCCGCCGUUAUGGACAUGUCAUAAGUGCCAAGCGAGGAUUUUUUUCGUGAACCGAAAGGCUUUUGUUGUUCAGAUGGGAAAGUUGUUUUACUGUUUGUUGUCCCACUGAUUGAACUUUUGGAGUUGUUUGAUGAUCAAAAAGAAGUAGGGGUACACUUUCGGAGGUACAUACGACGCGAUAAUCAGUGUUUCUCAUUAACGUCGAUUGGGGUGAAUUAUGACAGAGAAUUAGCUUAUAAUAGAGAAGGUGUAUACACAUUUCGUGUUCAAGGUGAUAUCUAUCAUAAAUGCAAGAUGGUUUGUGCUCAAGAGGCAAUGUGGAAGAUCUUUAGCUUUCCUCUUUAUAAGGUCUAUCAUUCGAUAGUGAGAUUACAAAUACAUCUUACCAACCAACAGAGCGUCAGAUACUAUGAUUAUCAAACGUUGGAUGAAAUUUUGUCCGAUGAAAGGAAUUUGAGAACAACUUUGACAGAGUUCUUUGUGACAAAUGCUCGCGAUCCUAGAGCUAGAGAGUUGUUGUACCGUGAGUUUCCAGAACGCUACUGUUGGGAUACAAAAAUCAAAGAGUGGAAAAGAAGACGAAGUACGCAAAAGUCGAUAGGGAGGGUUUAUACAGUACCUUCAUGUGCAGGAGAGGUGGGGUUCUUAAGGCACAUUUUGAACCACGUUAGAGGUCCUACUUCUUUCGAUGAUCUAUUGUUUGUUAAUGGAGAGAGAUGUCGGACUUUCAAGAGAGCUGUCGAAAAAUUAGGACUCUUAGAGAAUGAUCAGAGUGCGAGAGCGUCUUUGGCUGAAGCAGCAACAAUCAAGAUGUCGUAUGCUCUUAGAAGACAAUUUGCCUCCAUCUUGCACUUUUGUAAUCCGACGGCCAUGAGAGAAUUAUGGGAUAAAUUUUGCAACAACAUGGUCGAGGAUUACUCGAGUUUAAGCGCUACAAGCUCAACAUUCUUAUCAGACCGCCUUCUUCGUAAGCCGAAUAUGAUACUCAAGCAACACGAUAAAGAUAUAUUCAUGUAUGAUCUACCGCCGAUUGUUGGCACAUUGGGUGAGGAAGUUGAGAUUUCGAGUCUGAUUCAAGAGGAGUUGUCGAUCCCUAUAUUCGACGAAGACCUGUCUUCUGUCCAAAAGUUGAAUGAAGACCAAUCUAGGGCCUACAAUACAAUCAUGGGAGCAAUUGAGAGAAAGGAAAAUAAAGUCUUCUUCAUAGAUGGUCUGGGAGGUACUGGGAAGACCUAUCUCUAUCGUGCUAUUCUGGCGACUAUUAGGAAAAAUGGUGGUAUUGCGUUAGCAACAGCCACGUCGGGAAUUGCUGCUACUAUGCUACCUGGUGGGAGGACAGCACACUCAAGGUUUCAACUUCCAAUGACACCGACAUCAACUUCAAUGUGUCGUACGAAGAAACAAACUGAGGAAGCUAAACUUUUGAGGCAUGCCAUCAUCCUUAUGUGGGAUGAAGCUACAAUGUCGCAUCGCUAUUCUUUGGAAGCAUUUGAUCGGAUGAUGAGAGAUAUCACCGGGAUUGCCGAACCAUUUGGUGGAAAGAUUCUAAUCAUGGGAGGUGAUUUCUGUCAGGUAUUACCAGUGAUUCUAAGGAGUACAAGGGGAUAGAUAGUCGAUGCAUGUCUUAGCAGGUCACAUUUGUUGGAAAAUGUACAUGUUUUGCAUCUGAAAAAGAGCAUGCGUGCAGCCGGGGUGCAUCUUAUUCCAAGUUUUUAAUUCGUGUUGGUGACAGGGAUGAACCUUGCGUUGCUAAUGAGAUGAUAAAGGUUCCGGAAGAGAUGGUCAUACCAUGGGUUAGUGAUGCUUCUUUGUCUCAUCUUAUAGAUGUAACAUUUCAAAACUUGGGGAAAAUGCUAGAGACAUUGACUACAUGGUCGAUAGGGAAUUGAUCACACCAUUAAACGAGUACGUCGAGAAGCUUAAUGACCGAGUAUUUAGCAUCUUUCCUGGAAAAGAGGUUAUAUUCUGCUCCUUUGAUUUUGUGGACGACGAUACUCACGGUCUUUACCAACAAGAAUACCUGAACAACAUUGUUCCUGGAGGUUUGCCAUCACACAUUUUGAAAUUGAAGAUCGGUGCUCCUAUUAUGUUGUUGCGGAAUGUUGAUGCAAAAAAUGGUCUAUGUAAUGGUAUCAGGUUAAUAAUCAAAGAGUUCUUCCCAAAUUGUAUGGAUGCUGUAAUAAUUAGUAGAAAUUACAUAGGUACACGAGUCUUCAUUCAUAGGAUGCCACCUGAGAAUUUGAAGCUCCCGUACAAGUUUAAACGUAAACAGUUUCAUUCGUUUAUGUUUCGCCUUUACAGUCAACAAGGCGCAAGGGAAAACGAUCGAAAACGCGGGUAUCUGUUUCCCUGAACAUGUGUUAACCAUGGUCAACUGUAUGUUGCUCUCUCAAGAGGAGUGUCAAGUAGCAACACGAAAGUAUUAGUCGCUAAAGGUACCAUUGCUAAAAAGAAAGGAACAUACACAAAAAAUGUUGUAUAUAAAGAGGUCUUUUUAUCCUAGAAAACUAUGAGUUACGAAUACACAUUCU